AUGGCCAACCCACCGCAGGAUAAGGGCACCAGUCAUGAAGCCACGCCCAUCCCUCCAUUCGAUGCUCUAAGCAAAUACGUCUCCCCGCCAACAAACGACCAAGAACAAUGGUGGCAUCAUACCGGCUCUCUGCUAGGCCGAAUGCUUCAAUCCGCCCAAUACCCACUCGAUCAGCAAUACCAGUACCUCAAAUUCUUCGAAGGACAAGUCUCUCCGCGGCUAGGACCCUAUCCAUCUCGGUUUCGCUCCAACGUCACAGUCAGCGGAGAUCCCGUCGAACUAAGCGUGAACUACCAGCAGCGUGGAGGCACGCGGCCCAUUGUACGUAUCGGGUUCGAGGCUAUGGAUUCAUAUUCUGGAAGUAAGAUAGACCCGUUCAAUCAGCUUCCUGCUUCGGACGUCAUCAGGGGCCUAUCGAGACUGGAGCUGAAGGGGUUCGAUCCGCACCUGUUUGCGUAUUUCGGGUUCAGACACACCCUUACCAAGGAGGAGACGGACCGCCUAGCCGACCCUGAGCUGGCCGGCAGAACCCUUUUAAGAUCGCAGUACGGAUUCGGACUCGAUUUGAAGAACGGGAGUGUUGUUGUUAAGGGAUAUACCUUCCCGGGGCUGAAGACGGUAGCAUCCGGCCAGAGCAUAAGUGAGCUGGUAACCGACUCGAUCAGCCAGCUUUCACAGCCCAAGGCAAGCUGCGCCGAUGCCUGGGAGACUGUAAAGGGCUAUAUGGCUGAGACGAGUUCCUUCAAUCAGUUCCAUGUUUGGUCCUGGGACUACGUCGACCCUUCCUUGUCCCGACUCAAGUUCUACUCGGUAUCUAAUGAGUUCACAUGGCGCAAGGUCGAGGAAGUCUGGACGGUCAAUAAACUCCUUGCAGCAGAUCCUGUGAAUAUCGAAGGCCUGAAAUAUCUGCGCCAGCUGUGGGAUAUUAUCCAGCCUAGCGAUUCGGAAAGAAAGGUGAUAGAGGACCGUCCGGCAUAUAUUAGGGAGCACGAGACACCGCUGCUGUGGAACUAUGAAAUGACGCCCGGGAGUCCGAUCCCAUAUGCCAAGCCGUAUUUCUCAAUGCAUGGGAUUAAUGAUUUAGCCUGUGUUGAAAACUUGGCUAGGUUCUUUGAGGUUGCUGGCUUGAAGGAUUUGGCUGCUUCUUACCCUGGCAUUGUCAAGGCGUACUUUCCGGAACACGAUCUAGCAAAGACGUCGCAUUUGGUGAUGUGGGUGUCGUAUGCGUACUCGGAGAAGACGGGGAUUUAUCUGAGCGUCUAUUAUCAUUCUUCUGGGGAUGUGCCGGUCUCUUCUCGAGCCUAA